UCAGCCUCUUCAGUGCUCUUCUCACUAACACUGAUGACGUCGGGGGAUUUAUUUAUUUGAGCAAUUCAUUCCCUCCUUUAAAUUCUUGACAUACAUCCCCAUGUGCCCCGUAUUACCCCUAUCCCUUAACAAAAACACAACAUGCCGCGUACUGCGACAAUCGGUAGCGCCAACAUAAAGAUUGACCUAGCCUCACCUCCGGGCUGGACAUAUGUCGGCGGGGACACGGUAAUCGGCAAUGUGGUGCGUCGCUCACAUAUCGUUGCGCCCGAGGCAACAGUGACACUCGCACUCGUUGGGCGUGUGAAGACCAAAAUCUCAGUAAAGAGAAACAACGGUAACGGCACCAGCACCAGCCACUACCGCGGUCGCUGGGAACUUUUCCGUCCCCCACGACUGGUUCUCUUCCACGGGCCCUUACAUCUUCCCCGAGGCAGCGCUGACGACCAGCUCACCUGGCCUUUCUCACUCACUGUUCCUGAACGACCCACAGAUGAAGUGCUGGAAGGCCAUUGCCGGGCGGAGAGUUUCCUGCCACUCGACAAAGACACCCUAGCCCGCAGCACUCUACCGGCAAGCUUUUACUCGAGCAGUAGCGGCUGGCGCACCUCCUCCGAGGGCUUCGUUGAAUAUUAUCUUGAAGCUGAGCUUAGAUAUGGACGUGCGGGCUCGUUCGAGGUUGAAAAGGCUACCUUGCCUAUUACAAUGCGACAUGCCCCACCGGCGGGGCUUUCAUUCAGCUAUGACCUUCAGUCACGCGGGGUCGAGAAGAGGGUGAAGAGCCAACGGUUGCUACCAGGAAUGGAAAAUGCUGAAUUGACCUUGAAGCAAAAGACACAGAAGCUCUUCGGUUCGUCGAAGGUGCCGGAGUUCUCGUAUAUAGUUGAGGUGAGCUGGCCCCGUGCCAUCCAACUAGAUAACCCAGUACCUAUCCCGAUUAUUAUUGGCAUUAAACCUUCACACACAAGCUCCGAUAUUGGGGGCGUUGUGCAGUCAGUCCGGCUGAAUUGGGUCAACAUGAGCAUCAAAUCCACGACUUUGGUGAUUGCACCGGGCAACUUCAGUCAGAGCAACACCCAUGACGACUACCAUUCCUCGCGUCAUCAUUUUGGCCUGAAGGGGGCUUUUCUGAAUCUUCCGAAUCCAAUAGUCUUUACCACCGGAAAAGAAAACGAGCCGGUCGACGUCGGUAAUAUGCUUGGCCUUGUCCUUCACCCCAACGGUGCCACUGUUGGGGGCCGGCUUGUGACUACAGGGAUGGGCAUUUACCCUGACUUCGUCACAUACAACAUCCAUCACUGCAAUGUGUUGGAUUUGGAGAUGUCACUGACCGUUGCGGGAAAGACCCAUGGGGUGAAAGUGGGUUCAGAAGUACGAAUACUGGCAGCAGAUUGAAGCUUACUAUUUUUGGGGUACGGAUCACCACAUAUUAUGUAUCAUAAGCCAAACUAUGUAAUGCACCCGCACCCGAUUUAUGUGACGAACAUCGAAGGACGGAUAUGAGAUUGAUCAUGAUUCAGUAUGACUAUGCGAGGAUGAACUAUGUUCCUUUUCUGUUACUCUCAUCUUCUUUUUCCUUUUCUUCACUGUCUCUACC